GACAAAUAGUCGAUAAAUAUUUGCAAGAAUGCCCUCAAUAUUAAGCAAAGUUUUGAUGCCUGACUGGAGUGUGCCAUACAAUUGCUAUGAAGUGGGGCAUACGUGGACACCCUCGUGUACUGAAGCGGCACUUGAAUUGGGGAAUAAUUUAUCUCAAGGAUUGUCAAAGAAGUUUGACUCGAAUGGAGUGAAACAAAGUCUGCAGAGCAUUGUCCGCUCGUCACUCUUCCUAAGCUUUAAUGGCUUUUCUGUGAUUCUCUUAUUCUGUAUAACCCGUCGACUGAUGGGAAAGUUUUACUACAGUAUGUGCGCCUAUACCCCAGCAUUCAUUGGCAGUCUACUUGCAAUUAUGAUUGAACGGCCCUCCCGUCGACCGGCGCUCGCUAUAUAUGUAGCAAAUAUUGCAUCGGAAACUAUAUUCAGAAUAUUUAUAGCGAGAGGUUAUAUGAAACCCGUCCAACACGGAGAAGUGUUUCUCUUCACUGUCACGAUGUCUGUCCUCUUGUAUAUCAUUAAGAAGAACGGCUUCGGAUCGGAUCCCGUGAGUCUGGCCCUCAAGUUCAUUGUCGGACGAGAAGAGACUAAAUCUUGUCAUUCAGCACAUCAACAACUUUUGCCAAUUCAUCCAAAAGACAAUUCAAAGUCUAAUUUGUUAAGAAAGUUGAUUGAUAAAUUCAAUUCAAUGUUUCCUAAACACGAGUCGUGUCCGCACAGACACCGUUCAUGUCUCACAUAUAUUAGUUCAGCAUUUUUGCGCUCAUUUUUCAUGGGAUGGUUUGGAAAGUCUGUUGUAAAGACUCUAUCAAAACCCCGAUUAUUACUUCUUCGUCCCAAUAAGAUUAGCGACAAUUUCUUGAACUCAGAUCAUCUCUAUUUCGGUCUAUUUUUGGCCUCAUUUACAGCUAUUUAUAAAGGAGUUAAUUGUAGUCUUCGGUUCGCUUCAAAUCAAUCGCAUGAUUGGCAUUCAUUCAUAGCCGCCCUCUUUGCCGGCCCCACAAUGUUCUUAUCGCCCAACACUUCCAUUACGUUAUACCUAAUGUGGAAAUGCAUUGAGUCCCUUUACUGUAUUGGAGUCAAAAAAGGUUACAUUCGUUUUGUUAUGCCGACUGUCCAUUUAGUGUAUGCCCUCUCAACCGCUCAACUAUUUUAUUCGGCGGUGUUAGAGCCGAAACACAUGAAGCCCUCGUAUAUGAAAUUCUUGGACCGAAUGACUGCCCAUCGCCUACAUCUCCUCAACCGUAUGGUAUUGGAUGUGUUUGGAACCGAUGCCUCUGCCGGCUAUGAAUCAUUUUUACCUGAUUUUCAUCUUCAAUACACAACUAAAAGAUUUCAGGAAUCACUCUUUGAUUAA